AGAUAAUAAAUAUUGUGUAAAAUCAAAACGAUGUAGGUUUGGUCUAGUAGUGAGGGAUUUGAGUAGUAUGCAUGAGGUCCUAGUUUCGAUUCCUAAACCAAAAAACGAUCUUCACUCACAUCUAAACGAAAACCGAUAAACCUUUUCAACUCAAAUAUGAAUCGAAUUUGGAAUCCAUAAAACCUUGUUUCUGUUGUAAACCCUCUGACACGCACGCACAAAACCCUCUCUUGCGGUUGCGGUGGGUGAAUCCCUCUAACUUUACGAUUAAUUCAAAAUUCCGCGCCUCUGUUUCAAACCGAUUGCCCUGCACAUCCAAAAUAAUUGGUUGUGCAGUCCUUGUUUACUUCGAAACCAAUCUUUAAGUUUAAUUCGGUUUCGAAGUUCUACUAUGGCUGCAAAUGCCAAUGCCAAUGCCAAUGACAGCAUUAGCCCACUGCCUAACUUGCAGAGGGCUUACCAAGUAGUAGUUGCUGCCACCGAAGAGAUGGGAAUCGGUAAAGAUGGAAAAUUACCGUGGAGAUUACCUACCGAUCUCAAGUUUUUCAAGGAAAUCACUACGACAACAUCUGAAUCCGGGAAGAAGAAUGCCGUUGUUAUGGGAAGAAAAACAUGGGAGAGUAUCCCUCUUCAGUUUAGGCCUCUUCCUGGCCGUCUUAAUGUUGUUUUGACUCGUUCGAGUAGGUUAGAUAGUGCAGCAGUAGAAAAUGUUGUUAUAUGUAGAAGUAUGUCUUCUGCAUUAGAACUUUUAGCUGCUUCUCCUUACAGUACGUCGAUUGAGAGAAUAUUUGUUAUCGGGGGCGGUGAGAUAUUUAGAGAGGCUCUCAAUGCACCUGAAUGUGAAGCUAUCCAUGUCACAGAAAUUCAAGCAAACAUUGAGUGUGACACUUUUAUGCCUCCAAUUGAUACCACUGUAUUUCGGCCAUGGUACUCGUCCUUUCCUAAGGUGGAAAACAAUAUUCGAUAUUCUUUCACCACUUAUGUGCGUGUAAGGAGUUCUGCAACAGAGCCCCUGAGUCAGAAUAGUGAUUCACUUUUUGAUAACAAUUCAGCUUCUAAAAAAUUUGAGGUUCAGAAUUUUUCUUUUCUUCCUAAAAUGAUUUUUGAGAGACAUGGGGAGUACAUGUAUCUUAAUCUGGUUCAAGAAAUCAUAUCUCAAGGUACCACCAAGGGUGAUAGGACAGGGACUGGGACCUUGUCAACAUUUGGUUGCCAGAUGCGAUUCAAUCUGCGCAGAAGCUUUCCUCUUCUAACAACCAAGAGAGUAUUUUGGCGAGGGGUCGUUGAAGAGCUUCUUUGGUUUAUCAGCGGCUCAACAAAUGCCAAGGUGUUACAGGAAAAAGGCAUUCAUAUAUGGGAUGAUAAUGCAUCCAGGGAAUUCCUUGAUAGCAUUGGUUUGUCAGAGAGGGAGGAGGGUGACUUAGGACCUGUUUAUGGGUUUCAGUGGAGGCACUUCGGUGCUAGGUAUACUAACAUGCAUAAUGACUACACCGGCCAAGGAAUUGAUCAGCUUUUAGAUGUUAUCAACAAGAUAAAGCAUAAUCCAGAUGAUCGGAGGAUCAUUCUCUCUGCAUGGAAUCCAGCAGAUCUUAAAUUGAUGGCUCUUCCUCCCUGCCACAUGUUUGCACAGUUCUAUGUAGCAAAUGGGGAGUUAUCAUGUCAAAUGUAUCAGCGAUCUGCUGACAUGGGCCUGGGAGUGCCAUUUAACAUUGCAUCUUAUGCCCUCUUGACAUGCAUGAUUGCUCAUAUUUGUGGACUGGUUCCGGGUGAUUUUAUCCAUGAUAUUGGGGAUGCACAUGUUUACCAAACUCAUGUGAAGCCUUUGCAGGACCAGCUUCAUAACCUGCCAAAACCUUUUCCAACUUUGAAGAUUAAUCCACAGAAGAAAGAUAUCGAUUCUUUUGUGGCUACUGAUUUCAAGCUCAUUGGUUAUGAUCCUCACCAGAAGAUUGAGAUGAAGAUGGCUGUUUAAAAUAAGGCACAACCCUCAAAUUUAUGGACUAACAGCAAAUAGUUGAACGUACUUCAAUGCAGUCAAUUCCUAGAUGGGAAUGAAAAGUUCGUUUCAGAAGCAAAGCAACUAAAUGAUAAGUUUGUAUGUAACUUUUUUUUUUGCAUUUAUCUGCUGCUAAACUGUGCGAGAAAGAGAGGUGCACUGCGUAGCUUUUCCGGAUAAACGGAUUGGAAGUAUAAAUCGUAGUUUUAAGAAGGGUGAUUGUUCUUCUCCCCCUACAUUGCUCUGAAUCCCUCCACUCUCACCGAAAGAUAUCUUUCGGUAGUGUAUUUUUUUUACGUGCGUAAUGCUGGGGAAAAGAGCAAUUAUCUUUUAGAAGAUUCUAGUAAAUUGUGGGCAGCUUCUUGGUUCUUAGCGGACUAUACAUUUUUAUAGUAUUCCAUUACUUGUAAUUUAAUUAAAAAAGUGUAACACCCGACCCAUCUCGAGAAUGGUUUCACAUGUGCAACUGCUUUGAAAGCAUAUGAAAUUAUUAUUGUGAAGUGUUUCAA